AUGAAGACAAUUGCCAUUCUUGCGCUUGCCUCGUCGGCUGCAACUUUUGUCACGGGGGAUACCGCUGCCUCGGUACAAGGAAUCGCCCCCACGCCGAGCAUUCGUUCCGGUGGCACGGAAAUCUUAGAGGUGUUGGGUCGAUUUCCCGAGCUCGUCAAGGAAUUCGACGUCAAAACUACUGCCACCCAAGGCGACAAGGACGUCAAUACUGACACCCAAGGCGACAAGGACGUCAGUACUGACACCCAAAGCGGCACGAAAAUCUUAGAGGUGUUGGGUCGAUUUCCCGAUCUCGUCAAGGAAUUCGACGUCAAAACUACUGCCACCCAAGGCGACAAGGACGUCAAUACUGACACCCAAGGCGACAAGGACGUCAACAGCACCGACGCCCACGUCCUGUGCGGCGUAUGA